GUAGUUCCUCAGGCAGAGGCUUGACUGCGUUUUAUGAACGCGAUUUUAGGAAGGAGUGGGCCUCCAGGUGCCACAGCAACCACUCCCCAGCUAAGCAAAGCAUGCGGCCCAGAAACGGACUGAUCAUAGUCGAUGGGAGCUGCCGUCCCUCCGCGCACAGCUGGUGGGCGCGGGGCAUGCUGGAAGGUACACAUGGCAUUCAGAGAUGUGGCUGUGGAUUUCUCCCAGGAGGAGUGGAGCCUGCUGAGCCCUGCUCAGCGGUCCCUGUACAGAGAGGUGAUGUUGGAGAACUACAGCAACCUGGUCUCUCUGGGAAUUCCAUUUUCAAAACCAAAGCUCAUCACCCAGCUAGAGCAAGGGAAAGAGACAUGGCGAGAGGAGAGAAAAUGUCCACAGGUUGCUUGUCCAGCACAGGUAAAGCUGGAACUCUGCCCUGGUCAUGUGUGCCCUCCAGAUCUUGCCAAUCAGAAAUCCCCUGUGCAGCACGUGCUAAGUCAUCAUGCCCCAUUGAUAUUUACAUGCCUGUGUGCGGAAAGUCAUGUUGACCGAGGGGACUCAUGUCAGGGGGCCCUGGAGAAGCAGCAUCAAGCCUCUGAUAAGAACUCCUGCAGAGAUAAAUCAGAAGGUGGAGAGAGAGAAAGCACAAGGCCUUCAUCUGGAAGGACAAAGAAAGGGAGUUUGGGAGCCCUCUCUAGGCCACCCCAAGGGCAGCCAGUCAACUCUCCCAAUGGCAUCAGAUGGGUAGAGAUGGAGGCCAGCCCAGCUCAAGCCAGGAGCACUGAAGAACCAGAGAAGUUGCUGAAAGGAAUAGAAAUCUUGGAAUUUGGAACGGUUAAUUGUGAAGAGUGUGGGCUGGGCUUCAGCAAGAUGACAAACCUGCUUAGUCACCAGAGGAUCCACUCAGGAGAGAAGCCGUAUGUGUGUGGGGUGUGUGAGAAGGGCUUCAGUCUAAAGAAGAGCUUAGCCAGACACCAGAAGGCACACUCUGGGGAAAAACCCAUUGUGUGCAAGGAGUGUUGGCGAGGUUUUAGCCGGAAGUCAACACUAAUCAUUCAUGAGAGGACACACUCGGGUGAGAAGCCUUACAUGUGUAGUGAGUGCGGACGAGGCUUUAGCCAGAAGUCAAACCUCAUCAUCCAUCAGAGAACACAUUCAGGGGAGAAGCCUUACGUGUGCAGGGAGUGUGGUAAAGGCUUUAGCCAGAAGUCAGCUGUUGUUAGACAUGAGAGUACACACCUAGAGGAGAAGAUCAUUUUGUGCAGUGACUGUGGCCUUGGCUUCAGUGACAGGUCAAACUUCAUCUCCCACCAACGGACACACUCUGGGGAAAAGCCGUAUGCUUGCAAGGAAUGUGGGCAGUGCUUCAGGCAGAGGACAACCCUUGUCAACCACCAGAGGACUCACUCAAAGGAGAAGCCUUAUGUGUGUGGUGUAUGUGGGCACAGCUUUAGCCAGAAUUCAACUCUCAUCUCUCACAGGAGGAUGCACACUGGGGAGAAACCAUAUGUGUGUGGGGUAUGUGGACGAGGCUUCAGUUUAAAAUCCCACCUCAACAGACACCAGAACAUUCACUCAGGGGAGAAACCUAUUGUAUGCAAGGAUUGUGGUCGAGGCUUCAGCCAGCAGUCGAAUCUCAUCAGACACCAGAGGACACACUCUGGAGAGAAGCCCAUGGUGUGUGAGGAAUGUGGACGAGGCUUCAGCCAGAAGUCAAACCUCAUCGCACACCAGAGGACACACUCAGGAGAGAAGCCUCGUGUGUGCUGA